UGUGUAUUAAAUAUAAUGCGUAGUGUCGCAAUAGUCACGUGAUCGGUAUACCGAUGCGCCAUCUAUGAUCUAUGCAGUUUUCGUUAGAUCAUCUUCGUUGUUUUGUAUUUAGUUUUAAUUAUUGAUUGUACGCGUAGACUAUGUAUGCAUUAUAAUAUUUAAAAUUUAUACAUUUGAGAAUAAUGAGCGAAGCAGAGUCAUUAAGUACAAAGACAUUGAUCGAUAAAUAUGCAGAACGAAUGAAACGUUUGAGAGAACUCCAUACAAAAAGAAACGAGGCUCGGCAACAAAAUCACAAGGAAGUCGUUGAGGAGGACAAACGAAAUAAAUUACCUUCGAAUUGGGAGGCUCGAAAACGUCAAGCAGAUUGGAUUAUCAAUGAUGAAAAAGCAAGAAAAGAGGCAGAAGAGAAAGGACUUGAUUAUGAAAGAACGAAGCUUUUGAAUAUUGAUGCGAUAGAAGCCGAACGACUAGCGCGAAAAAGGAAGAAAAUAGUACCUAAUGAUGGAUUUGCCGAUUUUGAGCAAGCAACGGUACGUCAAUAUAAACAACUCGUUAAAGGUAUAAAACCAAACAUGGAGGUUUAUCAAGAAGCUAAAGAGACACUUGGUCCAGCAUUUUAUGGAGAUAGAAAUACAAUUUUACAUGGACUACAUAAAGAUAAAAAAGAGGCAGUGGAUAGAAUGGUUUCCGAUUUAGAGAAACAGAUUGCAAAACGGGAAAAGUAUAGUAGGAGGAGAAUGCAUAAUGAUGACGCCGAUAUCGAUUAUAUUAAUGAAAGAAAUGCUAAGUUUAAUCAGAAACUUGAACGAUUCUAUGGAGAGCAUACAAGAGAAACUAAACAAAAUCUUGAGCGCGGUACCGCUAUUUAGAGGCCUAGAAUCUAUCUAUUCUUAGAUAUAUAAGUAUUAUCUAUCCGUUAACUGAUGUCGAAUUAAAAUUA